AUGGCAGGCGACGAAGGAGGAUCUGGUGCGAAGCAGGGCUUCACUUUCUACAACUAUGAUCCGUCGCUUCCAGCCGCCGCUGUAUUCGUCAUUCUCUUCGCCCUUUCCACACUCGUACACAUUUGGCAGAUGUUCAAGAGCCGAACGUGGUACUUCAUUCCAUUCUUGAUCGGCUGUCUCUUCGAGGCGGCCGGCUAUAUCGGACGAGCACUCUCCGCAAACGAAGCACCUGAUUACACAAAGAACCCCUACAUCAUGCAAUCGAUCCUUCUACUGCUUGGCCCCGCCCUCUACGCCGCAUCUAUCUACAUGGUCUUGGGGCGAUUGAUCGUUCUUCUGGACGCAGGGCGGCUGUCUCUCAUCCCGCCCAAGUGGUUGACAAAGCUUUUUGUCCUUGGUGAUGUCCUGUCUUUCUUCGCUCAGAGCGGCGGCGGCGGCAUGCUCGCCACCGCCAAGGAUAAGGAUAGCGUCAAAAAGGGCGAGAAUAUCAUCAUUGGCGGCUUGAUGAUCCAGAUUUUCUUCUUUGGCUUCUUCAUGAUCGUCACGCUCGUUUUCCAUAUGAGGAUCCGGAAAAAUCCCACGAAUCGAUCAGCCACUAUCACGACGCCGUGGAAGAAGCUCCUCAUGGUUCUCUACGCCACAAGUUUGUUCAUUCUGGUUCGAUCGGCAUUCCGUGUUGCCGAGUAUGUUCUCGGAAAAGAGGGUGCCUUGCAAUCCAACGAGAUCUACAUCUAUCUCUUCGACGCUACACUCAUGGCCUUGGUUUCUAUUUUGUUCAACUGGUUUCAUCCCAGCCGGGUCAUUAACCAACGGGCUAUCAUCAAGAGUCCCUUCGACAACGACCAAUACCCGCUUGAGGCGCAAUCAUUUUCAUCUCAUGAGAAUAACGGUUACCAACGUUACUAA